UGUCCUUUGCAUCAUCUCUGUUGAGGUGAAGCUGGAAAUGAGCCAUUGGUCGACAAUCAAAACACUAAUUUGCUCAACCGUCAUAUUUACUUAAAUACCUCAAAAGAAGCUCUCCACAAUCAUUACAAGCUUGGGGUUCCCAAAAGUGUGGGAAUGGGGUUCGUGGAUCUGUUUGUGGUGGCACUGAUGCCGGUCGUAGAAAUUCUGCUGGUAACUGCCGUUGGAUUGUUUCUUAGCAUAGAAAAGAUCAGCCUCUUGGGGCCUCAGGCAUCCAACUACAUGAACAAGAUUGUAUUCUAUCUACUCAAUCCUUGCCUUUUGGUCAGCAACUUGGCCAAGGCAAUCACUUACAAAAGCUUGGUCACCUUAUGGUUCAUGCCCCUCAACGUUCUUCUAACAUUUCUCAUCGGCUCAGCCCUUGGUUGGAUUCUCAUAAAAAUAACUAAAACUCCUAAGCACCUUCGAGGAACCCUCAUCGGUUGUUGUUCCACAGGAAACUUGGGAAACUUUCCUCUCAUUGUUAUUCCGGCCUUAUGUGAGGAGUCGGAUAGUCCAUUUUCGAGAGCAUCUACUUGCUCUACGAACGCACAGGCUUAUGCUUCACUCUCUAUGGCCAUAACAGCCAUUUAUACUUGGUCAUAUACGUAUCUUUUGAUGAGUUCUUAUGCUGUUACCACUACGGACCAAACCUCUAUCCAGUCUUCUGAACAGGCUUCAGACAGUUGCACGGAGCCAUUACUAAUGCCGAGUUAUAGCGACGGUUCAGAGAAACUCGAACUACCCCUCACUGAUGUGCAGGGAAUGGAAAAGGUGUCAUUAAUGGAGAAGAUUGUCCAUUGUGUUAAGAAGAUGUUAGUGCCAUCGGCUAUCGGAGCGAUAAUCGGGUUAAUCAUCGGAGGAGUCUCUCCGAUCCGGAAUGUACUAAUAGGCAACGAUGCCCCUCUCCGAGUAGUCGAUAGUUCAGCAGCUCUGAUAGGGCAGGCGGCCGUUCCAGUGAUGACCUUGAUAAUGGGAGCAAACCUUUUAGAAGGUCUGAAAAGUUCGAAAAUGAAUGUAUCGGCGAUCUUAGGAGUGAUAGCAGUUCGGAAUGUUUGCUUGCCGCUGUCGGGGAUCGGCGUAGUCAAAGCAGCAGAGAAGUUUGGGAUAGUGGGAUCAGAUUCUUUAUACCACUUUGUUCUUAUGUUUCAGUACGCUGUUCCCCCUGCAAUCAAUGUACAAUCGCACAACUAUUCAACAGUGGUCAAGCUGAAACAUCCAUCAUUUUGUUCUGGACUUAUGUUGUCGCUGCCAUCUCUCUAACACUUUGGUCCACAUUGUUCAUGUCUCUUGUAACUUGAUUUGUUGUCUUUAUAAUGUAACUUAGUAAUUCAAAG